AUGUCAGGCGCCCAGAGAGUGGAGCGCCCACUGUUUUCGCGCAGAGCAUUGGAGAGCGAGCUUACAGAGACGUCGCGCGACACGGAGUCAUCAUCGUCGAGAGAGACAUCCAACGGGCCGAGAUACGCGUGGCCCAUGCUUUGGAUAUUUCCAACGGCGUUCGUGCUAUUGGUGCUCGUCGUUCGCGGAUGUCGGUGCGACGAUUGCUUCGGUAGCCGUCGUAGUCGUCGCCUAGUCCGAGCGCGCGCGCGCGACUUCGACCCGUUUGAGCGCAGGUACUCUAGCGAAUCAUCGUCGAGUUCGGAGGUUGGUCGAUCGAUAGAUGUUCGAGACGAUGACGUUCGAGCUUUCGUUCGGGCGCUGAGCAGGCCGGAUCUCUACGACGAAGAGAGACCAUCGUAUGAACUGACGGCUCGCGAGAGGCGUGAAGGUUUCGAUCCGAGUGUGUGGCGCCAGCUCGCCGUAUCCCGCGAGCUCGAGAGGUACAGACAAAGAGCUGCGAACGAUGAUCUGGAUAACGCGUCGACUCAUCGACAGCAGGUGGUGGACCUUCCGCGAAGGAUGCAAUCGCCGGCACCUCUAGAGUUUGACGAGACGUGUAAAGUCGCGAGAGGCGUCACGCGUACGGCUCUGCGGUCGCUUCCGCGCUGCGUCGUCGGAAGUCCGCGAUGGUUUCAAUUUCUUAGAGCAAAUGGUCACGUCGCAAGCGGUAGUCACGACCGCGCUGGGGACGAAUGCGCGAUUUGCUGCGAAAAUUUUGAAGACGAGGACGUCGUGGUAGUACUUCGAUGCGCGCACGCGUUCCACGACCAUUGCGCCAUCCCUUGGCUCCGCAUGCACGCCACGUGUCCAAUCUGCAGGAUGGACGUUAACAGAAUGUCUCUGCUCGAGCGACACGACGUAUUCACCCGUCGUCGACCGAACUCCGAUCGCCGCCGUGGGAAGACGAGUCCCGGCGCCGGCGGUUCCUUCGCCGCGUAG